GAUGUCAACGACAAUGCACCGAUGUUCACUGCUGUCAAAUACAUGUUCCAAGUAUCGGAUCCUGCUCCAGUUGGAUUCAUUAUUGGAACAGUCAGUGCGAUAGAUGGUGACAUGGGCGAUAACGGAAUGGUCACAUACUCUUUGAGAAACGGGACAGACCAGUUCGACAUUAACGCCCACACAGGGCAGAUAACUCUUGUCUCUGCCUUGACCUCCGCGGACGUGACCUUUAUAGUUCGCGCAACUGACAACGGAGAUCCUGCCUUAUCAAGUGACGCUCAAGUCCUGGUCAAAAGCUCGGAUGCUGUUCUCCUGGGCUGAUAGAACUCUCUACCCAAGCACAGUUCUGAAGACUGUAUCGUUCACAAGGCUUCACCAAACCUCAAGUUUCGAGUUAAAAAGAAAAGUUUGUGUACAUUUUGGAAAUUAAAAGAAGUUUCCCCAAUUGGCA